GAUUUCACCGUCGGCCUGGUCUACGUCAAGCCGCUGGAAAUGCGGGCACUCACCAUGAUGCUGGAUGAGCGUUAUCGAUCUGAGAUUCCUACAGCCCAUGGCGAUGACAACGAGUAUAUUCUCGGCCGCAUCGGCGACCACAACGUCGUCGUCGUAGGCCCCCCGCGCGGGGAGCAAGGGACAGUUGCUACCGCUCAGACUGUCCCAAACAUUCGCCUGACGUUCCCUAAUGUGACCAUUGGGCUCCUGGUUGGAAUUGGUGGUGGCAUUCCGCACUAUCCAGAGCACGAUGUCCGCCUCGGUGACGUUGUCGUCGGAGCGCCCGAGUCCGGUCCGGCUGUGGUGCAGUACGACUUUGGAAAGAGGACAGCCGACGAGGGGUUCGAGGUCACCAGGACCCUGGCAAAGCCACCGCGUCUGUUGCUCAGUGUCGUCAAUAAGGUCGAAGACAAGUACGGGUACUUGCGAACGGGCGAUGAAGAUGUUCUCAAGGUCCAUCUAUCCCGCUUUCUGGAGUAUCCAAACUUGAAGAAGCAGUUCUACGACAGGCCUCAGGUCCCCGACAGGCUCUUCCUAGCACCCUUCACCCAUCAGCCCGGGACAGUGUGCGCCGAGCAUGAAAGCGACAUGGAAGUAGCCCGAAAGACGAGGGAGACCGGAGACCACAUUGUCGUUCACUACAGUACCAUCCUGUCCGGCGACACGCUCAUGAAGAGCCCCGGGGCCCGUGAUGCUCUGAGCCGCAAACAUAAUAACGCGCUAUGCUUCGAUAUGGAGGCAGCUGGGCUUAUGGACGUAUUUCCCUGUCUGGUCAUCUGUGGGAUCUCGGACUAUGCCGAUUCCCAUAAGAACGACGCGUGGCAGAAGUUUGCAGCUGCGGCGGCGGCAGCAUAUGCGCGCGAAAUCUUGCUCAACAUGGCG